AUGUCUCGGGAUCCGGGAAAGUUUGCAGCUGCAAUUUCUGCUCGCCAAAUAUGCAAAAAGGGCGCGGUCCUUGGCGUCAUCAUGGCGAUCUUCAGCUCACAAUUGCUCUUUUCCAGUUUUUCAUUUGUUUAUCCUAGUUUAUCUUUUUUUUUUGUAUAGUAUUUCAGCCCGGCACAUAAAUAUUAGUCUACUCAAAAAAAUUAGUUCAACUCUUUAAAAAAACAUUUUUUUCUUUUUGUUUUUUUAGAUAUGUUUUAGGACAUCAUGAUAAACUUCAAAAAAGUUUAGUCGACUCACAUGCUUUUUUUGUUGAUUAUCUAUAAUUUGAAAUUUUUUUCCGCGCUUUCAUUUCAUACCGCUCUAAUGUUUUACUGCGUUCAAAUUUCAUCUUUAUUUCAGAUGAAUAAAUCGAGCUGGGGCGACGGCUCCUUGGAUCCUUUUGUAUAAAUUCAAGUGAAAUUUUUCUUUAGUUGCUUUUGCUUUUUGAAAGCCUGGCCAAUGGUCACAAUUUCAACAUUUUUUUAAGAAAAUCUUCAAACGAAAAGAAAAAUGUUAAUUUUUUCCCCUUUUAAUCAAUAAUUCAGAUUGUUUUUUUUUUCAGAUACGUUUUUUUUGUUUCCCGUGUCAGGGAAACGCUUUUUACAGCAAAGAGCCGCGACUCCACUCUCUGGUGUGUUGAAAAAUGCUUUAUCAAGUUAUUAUUAUUUUUCAGAGUGUGUGUAAAAGUGUGGCUGAAGUUAUCAGCUUCUUUGCCUGGGUUCAGCUCUACGAAGCGUUCCGUCAGAUUUCCGGACAUCACCGUUUUCUCAUCUUCACGCAGUCCAGUUUUUCGAAAAGCAACUUCAUUUUCAUGUUAGCGCAAAUUGUUUGGGCAAAUGAAUAAUUUAAUUGAAUCUGUUUCAUCGUGCUUUAUAAUGAAAACAACGCUGAAGUCUGGAAUUGAAUUUUUCUGGAUAUGUCACACUAAAGCCAGCCGCUGAGAUGAAUAUAUAAUUUUUUUAUAGUUUUUUUGGCAGAACUUCAGAGUAAAAAAAGUUGAACCUCAAAAAAGUGCUUAUCAGUGCAAUUACUCCAAUUUUUGACUGAAUAGUUUUUUUAAAAUUUAUGCAACUUCUCACGAGAAAAAGUGUCUGAAGUGAACAUCACAGAUCUGGUCUGAACUUAUGUGGUAGGGGAUCGUACACGGACAAAGUCCAAAAGGUCUCAAGAAAAACUUUCGGAAAAAAGGCCUCGAAUGCGCCGUUUUUUCUAGACCUUUCUUUAUAAGGACUUUUCGAGGAGGUGUAAAAAAAGGCGGAAAAAAGAAGUUUCCGAGAAACUGUUGACUUCCUUUAUAGAACUCAGAAAAGAGCUUUGGGCUCUUCUUUCUAAGAUCUUUUUUGAGAUCGUUUGAACUUUGUCUAUGUAGGUGUGGGUACUCGAAAAAAAAAUCAGCUGCUAAACCUCUGGGUACUGAGCUUGCCCCCCAAAUUGUACGCGCAAAGCUCAAUGCUUAUUUAUCAUUGGUUUUUUUCGGAAAAAUCUUUUUUUCUUGUUUUUUUAUAAUAAAUAAAUUACAGCAAUCGUUUCCAGAAUCGGAAAAUCAAUGAAAACCAGUUUUUUUCUGCUUUUUUUACGUAUUUUUUUGCGAUGGGAUAUUUUUGCAGUACCAUAUGGCGCUUAGCAGACCGUUUUUUUAUAUUCACAUGCCUUCAAGAACACCUACCACAGAAAUAUAGAUUAGAUUUGCAAUUUUCACCUCAUACUUUUCUCUUGUUAGUUUGAAUGCGGUUUUUCAGUAAAGAAUAUUUCCAAAACAGAAUUCUCAAGCUUUUACGGUUAAAAUUCUUUAACAAAAAAUGUCUAAAGCUUCAGCAAAUGGUUUUCGCGGGUGUCAAAAAUUUCUCUCUGACCGCAGAUGAAAUACGGAAUGCAAAAAAAGCUUUUUUUCAUUUCUUUUUUUCCCAAAAAAAUGUACUUCAUUUUUCUUGCCAAAGAUUCAUUAUUCUUAUCAAUUUUUCUAUAUUGAAUCAGUGAGUUCGAUCAUAAAAAAAGAUCUAUCUGCAAAUUCUAAUUGCAAGGGAGAAAAUAGAACCGUAUCAUUACAGCAAAGAGCCGUGACUCGGCGUUCAUUUGGCAGAGUCACACCUCUUCACUGUUGCGAUAGAAGUCCUGAAGGUUCGGAAUCGAUAGAAUAACAUCAAACUUUUUUAUUGGCAGUGAAUAAAUAAGUUAGGUUGAUUAACGUAAAAUAGAAAAAAGAGAACGAGCAUUAUUUCGCGACAAAGGCGAAAAAUGGGUCCUGGCACGGCGAAGUGAGUAGCUACCGUAACCUUUUCCUUCGCCGCGCUGCUGUUCAAGAAUCCUAACGUUUUUACAAUUCUGGUUUUUGAAUUGAAAUUAUUUUCAUUUAAAUAUUAUCAUCAUUUGAAACUUUUUAUUGGGGGUAUUUUGAGAAUAGGUUUCAAAGGCUUGUCAAGAAUUCUGAAAAGUUUCUCAACUCAACAGAGAGUUGAGAAAAAAUCCAAUUGUUCAUUCAUUAAUUGUUUGUUACAUAAUCUGAAGGUUUGUAGAGAUGCAUAAAAAAAGGUUUAAAAUGGAGCUUCCACAUCUUUUUCUUCAAUAGGUGGCGCCAAUUUUUUUUAUAAAAAUUAUCAUUUUGGUUAGUUUUGCAUGUAAUGUAGUUUCCUUUUUCUCUUGACUUUGAACAUAUUCACGUAUCUUUUUUUGUUGUUUUUGUAUUUUUCGUCAAUCUUUCUCAUAAAAAAAUAUUUUCAGCAUGGGUAUCUCACGCGAUUCGUGGCAUAAGCGGUACAAGACUGGAGCUACGCGCCCGGUCCCACACAAGAAGAGGAAGUUCGAGCUCGGUCGCCCCGCUGCUAACACCAAGGUUCGUUAUUUGUUAAUUAUUCGUUUAAAAUAAUCUAAAUGAAACACAUUUUUGAACAUUUCAAGAUUGGACCAAAGCGCGUUCACGUUGUUCGCGUCCGCGGUGGAAACUUCAAAUACCGCGCUCUCCGCCUCGACGCUGGCAACUUUUCCUGGGCUUCUGAGCGUUAGUUAAUUCUUUUUCUAGUUUCCCAGUUUGGAACUCCAGAAAGAUUCUCUCAAGUUCAUUACAACGCCAAAAUUUUUUUAGGUAAAAAAAAUAAUUGGAUUAUUUUUUUCAAUGCAAUUGGCUCUAAACAAAAGCUUUCUUUGAGGUUUUUCUAUUCAAACUCUAAAAAUUCUGUUUUACUGAAAAAUCAAGAGCCAUCAAAGUUCUUCCCCAAAAAUAAUUCAAACGACUCGGUUUUUCAAAAUUAUAUAAAGCCAGCUUAAACACUUAAAUUUAGUUCUACUUCGUUUAAACGGAGUUUCCUUUUUUUGUUGAGCUAAAAACCUUUCUGUAACCAUAACCUGGAAACUUGUGGUUUUGAUUUUCAUCACAGAACUUCAUAUGAUUCUGCUCAAAAAAUGCUUAUACAAAAAGAUGAUUCAUUUACAGAGACGACUCGCAAGACCCGUAUUGUCGAUACCGUCUACAACUCGACGAACAACGAGUUGGUGAGAACCAAGACGCUCGUCAAGGGAACCAUCGUGACGAUCGAUGCGGCUCCUUUCCGUCAGUGGUACGAAUCGCACUACGCUCUGCCUCUCGCCCGCAAGAAGAACGCCAAACUUUCCGACGAAGACAGCGCCGUUCUGAACAAGAAGCGGUAAGUUGCAAAAAAUGCAGAAAUUAACAUGAAAUAAAUGAAAUAAAAAUUAUUUUUCCGUCAAAAAAUAGAUAAAUACAUUGAUAAUGCUUUGAAAGUUUGAUCUUACCUGAUUUUGACAUUAAUUUGAACAGUUCUUCAGAUAAAUAAUAGUUUUUUAGAUAUUUAUGAAGUCUUUUUAGCUCCCGCAAGACCACCGAAAAGUACACCGAGAGACAAAAGACCGCUGAAGUUGACCCGCUGCUUAUUGAACAAUUCCACACUGGCCGCAUCCUCGGUGAAUAUUCUUCCCUUUCAUCCAAGAUUUCCUUGUGAAAAAAUAUUGAACUUUGUUCUUAUAUCGUGGUUUUCAGCCCGUCUUUCCUCGAGCCCUGGACAGGUCGGCCACGCCGACGGAUACAUCCUCGAAGGAAAAGAACUUGACUUCUACCUUCGUAAAAUCCGUGCCAAGAAGGCGAAAUAA